UAACGUGUGUGUGUGUGUGUGUGUGUGUGUGUGUGUGUGUGUGUGUCAGUGUGUAGCAGCAGCAGCGCGGUGAUGGGCGAGGGCAGCUAGGCUAACGUGGCUAACAGACACAACAAGGCGACAGGUAACAUCUCCAUCACAGGUACCAGCUUCACCUGUCCGGCUCAGACACGCUUCACCUGGCCCGUGGCGGGAAAACACGGGAAACAAAAGGCGGGAAACAGCAAAGAGCGCUGUCACUGUCACUGAGCUGCAGCUAACGAAGCUAACGAAGCUAACGUCACUAAAGAUGGCCACUGUCUCACUCCCUGCCGGCACCAGCUCACUCCUGCUGGACAUCGAAGGGACAACCACGCCGAUCACCUUCGUGAAGGAUAUCCUGUUUCCGUACAUCAGGGAGCAUCUCGAGGAUUACUUGUCCACUCACUGGGAGGAGGACGAGUGCAAGCAGGACGUCCAUCUGCUGAAGAAACAGAUCGAAGAAGACAUGAAGCAGAACCGCUCGUGUCCGGUGCACACUGUGGAUCAGACGGUCCACACGGACGAGGAGAAGGCCAUCAGGGAGGUGGUGGAGAACGUGCUGUGGCAGAUGGCGGCGGACAGGAAGUCGACGGCGCUCAAGCAGCUGCAAGGUCACAUGUGGAGGGCGGCUUACGCGUCCGGGAGAAUCAAAGGCGAGCUGUACCACGAUGUAAUCCCGGCCAUCAAACGGUGGAAAGGACAAGGACUCAAAGUUUAUAUUUACUCGUCUGGAAGCGUGGAGGCACAAAAACUUCUGUUCGGAUACUCUGUGGAAGGAGACGUUUUAGACUUAUUCGACGGUCACUUCGACACGACUAUAGGAGCUAAAGUCGAGGCCAAAAGCUACGAGAGGAUCACACAGAGGAUCGGCUGCCAACCCGAGGAAAUCACGUUCCUGACGGACGUCACUCGAGAGGCGAAAGCAGCCGAAGAAGCCGGCGUGAACGUGGUGGUGGUGGUCCGGCCCGGGAACAUGGAGCUGACGGAUGACGAGCGCGCUCACUAUAACCUCAUUACAUCCUUUAACCAACUCGAACUGACGGGACGCGAUUAACGCCGAGGAGAACUUCUCUGACUUCAUUUCAUAAUGACCUCUUCCUCCUUCAACCUCCAUACUUUUUAUUUGUUUGUUCCACGUCGACCGUGCAGGAGAAGCUCCCGGAGCUCAUCCAACCGGCUCUUUCUCUCAUCGUUGGAAACCGAUCGGACCGUUUAUUGGAAGAGAACGGAGGAGCUGAAAGAAGCCUGAAGGAAACGCGACCUGUGAUGUUACUUCACCUUUCUACCUUUAGACGGACCGUCUUUGGUUCUGAACCUCUCUGAUGUUAAUCGACUUUCCAGCUGUGCGUACGCGUGUCGUAUCUGUCACCGUUUUGUAAAACUUUUUCCACUCACGUGCCGUUUCUUUCCCUCCCUCUACAUGCACACACGUGUUGCAGACGUACGAAGUUUUACUGUAAUGUUUUAGCUGGUAGAGCUGCAGUAUAGAGCAGCGGCGACGCUGACGGGGAAGUUCUCAUUUCUGACUUGUCUUAAUUAUUCUCCCGCCUCGCAGGUGAACGGUGUCUGUUUUUUAAAUGUGCCAUCCUCGUUGGUCAGCUGUAAUGUCGGUGUUGGAAAGUUACCUUAUAAAUUUGCCAAAAUUUGAGGGUUUGUGUGUGUGUGUGUGCGCGUGUGUGUGAAACAUUAAUUGGUAUUAUUCAGGAAUGAUAAUCUAAAAACUUCCAAUAAAUGCCUUGUCUCACGCAAA